GUCAUCACGUGUGAUGGUCUAGUCAACAACUCAGCUGAGAGAAGGAACAGUGCAGGGAAAAUACAGAGCUUCGGUCCCUUUGAGGGAGGGACUGCUACUACUCGUCUGGAUUUUAUAUCAAACUUAUAAGAUCUGAAUUGCAUUUCAAAGCUAGAUAAAUUAGGUCGGACCGUAGGGGGGAGACAAUGGAGUUAGAGGAUAGCGUUGUGUACCAGGACGACCCGGGGACGGCGGCUAUGAUGUCGGAGCGGGUGUCGGGCCUGGCGAGCUCCAUCUACCGCGAGUUCGAGCGUCUCAUCGGGAAAUACGACGAGGACGUGGUGAAGGAUCUCAUGCCGCUGGUGGUGGCCGUCUUGGAGAACUUGGACUCCGUUUUCGCGGAGAACCAGGAGCACGAAGUGGAGCUGGAACUGCUGAAAGAAGACAACGAACAGCUCAUGACACAGUACGAGCGGGAGAAGGCGCUGAGGAAACAAGCAGAGGAGAAAUUCAUUGAGUUUGAAGAUUCUCAGGAGCAAGAGAAGAAAGACCUGCAGGGUCAAGUGGAGUCACUGGAGUCUCAGUCACGACAGUUGGAGCAUAAAGCAAAGAACUAUGCAGAUCAGAUCAGCAGGUUAGAUGAACGGGAGGCAGAGCUGAAGAAAGAGUACAAUUCACUUCAUCUGAGACACACAGAGAUGAUUCACAACUAUAUGGAACACUUAGAACGCAUCAAAAUUCAGCAGCUAACAGGGGGCGAUACUCUAGAAUCUGGGACACUUGGAAGAGUUAGGAAAGAUCGGCCUGUUUCCCUGGGGAUUUUCCCCUUGUCUGGAGGAGACCCCCUGCUCACACCGGAUGCCCAGCGAGACGGAGCCGAGACCCCUGGGACGGAGCUCUGGAGAUUCAACAACCUCAGUCACCCCCGCUCCAACACAAGCCUCAAGCAGUUGGAGGCAGAAGAUGUUCAAAAGCAAAGGGGUGGCUGGGAAAAUGCGAUGGCCGCUGACAGCAAGGAUGAGCUUUCAGACGUCAGCCAAGGAGACUCGAAGUCUGUCACUCCGCUGUCGACUGCUGCAUCGGAUGUGGUCAUGCACUCUGUUGACACUCCUAUAAAAGACGAGGCAGAGGGGCUGACCAAAAACCUAAACACUUCAAGCAGGAAACCGGACAGUAGCAAAAUCAUAGAAGGGCAGGUAACCCCGGGCACCAGGACUGUCUCAAUAGGUUCAACUGAAAAUGAAGAUAAAUCAGAAGUUCAGGCCAUUAUUGAGUCGACCCCAGAGCUGGAUAUGGACCUCAGUGGAUACAAAGGAGCCAGCACUCCAACCAAAGGCAUUGAGAACAAAGCGUUUGACCGGAACACAGAGUCUCUGUUUGAAGAGCUGUCCUCUGCAGGUUCGGGGCUCAUUGGGGAUGUAGAUGAGGGUGCAGACUUGCUGGACCAAAAUUUCUUUGGCAUGGGCCGUGAGGUUGAAAAUCUUAUUUUGGAGAACACACAGCUUCUGGAGACGAAAAAUGCGCUGAAUGUGGUCAAGAACGACCUGAUUGCCCAAGUGGAUGAGCUGUCUUGUGAGAAGGAGGUGCUUCAGGGGGAACUCGUUGCUGUGAAACAGGCUAAACAGAAGCUAGAGGAAAAGAACAAAGAGCUGGAGGAGGAGCUCAAAAAGAUUCGCACUGAAGCUGAAGAAGCAAGACAGAAAUCUAAAGAUGGUGAUGAUGAUAGCGAUGUCCCCACAGCCCAGAGAAAGCGCUUUACUCGCGUUGAGAUGGCACGUGUGCUGAUGGAGCGCAAUCAGUAUAAAGAGAGGCUAAUGGAACUGCAGGAGGCAGUACGAUGGACUGAGAUGAUCAGAGCUUCAAGAGAAAAUCCAUCAAUGAGUGAAAAGAAGAAAUCCAGUAUCUGGCAGUUUUUCAGCCGGCUCUUCAGCCCCUCAAGUACUACCACUAAGAAGCCAGAGCCCCCAGUCAAUGUUAAAUACAAUGCACCAACCUCGCAUAUCACCCCGACUGUUAAGAAGAGAAGCACCACUUUAUCUCAACUACCAAGUGACAAAUCAAAAGCAUUUGACUUCCUCAAUGAUGAGACUGACUCUGGCAAUGUAGCCUCUCGUAGAGAACAGAAAAGGGUACAGUACCAACAAGUCAAGGCACAUGUACAGAAAGAAGAUGGCAGAAUACAGGCCUACGGAUGGAGUCUGCCCCAGAAGUACAAGCAGGGAGCAAGUGGUGGACCGGCAGAAAACAAGAUGAAAAACUUACCAGUACCUGUAUAUCUCAGACCGCUGGAUGAAAAAGAUGCUUCCAUGAAGCUGUGGUGUGCAGCGGGGGUGAACUUGUCGGGAGGAAAAACCCGGGAUGGAGGCUCCAUUGUUGGGGCCAGUGUUUUCUAUAAUGAUGUCACUGGAUCAGAAACAGAUGGGAUCAAGCAGAGGAAAGGAUCACAGAGCAGUUUGGACAGACUGGAACAGGAACUCAAGGAGCAGGAAAAGGAGUUGAGGCAACAUGAGGAGCUCUCCAGUCUGGUUUGGAUCUGCACAAGCACGCACUCUACCACCAAAGUCAUAGUCAUAGAUGGCAACCAGCCAGGCAACAUCCUGGAUAAUUUCUUUGUCUGCAACUCUCAAGUCCUUUGCAUUGCUAGUGUACCAGGAGCACGCGAGACAGACUAUCCUGCAGGAGAGGAGAUCCCCCGAGAUGUGGAACCCAGCCAGACUGACAAUGCCUCCCUGACGAGUAGUGUAGCCAGUAACAGCUCAGCAGGAAGUGAAAGCAUGCUGGGAGGGAUCACUGUGGUUGGCUGCACUACCGAGGGCACCGCUGUACCUCAGACCGCUCGCACUCCAGUCACCGGCUCACCCACUGCAGAACGCCUCACAGAUGAGAUGGCUGCAGAAAACAGUGUCGCUACAGAUGAUGGUGUUCUCACAGCAGAGGAGGCCACAGAGGCAACAGAAGUCAAUGCCGAGUCAGGUGACGAUGCUGCGGAUACCAGUCAGCGAGGAAUCUACACAGAGCACGUCUUUACCGACCCCCUGGGGGUGCAGAACACAUCCGAGAGCUCGCCAGUGUUCCACAACAGGGAGUCAGAUUUAUUUAAGGAUGAUGUGUCUGCACUUCCCGAUGAACAGGACCUUGUAAGAGAGGAGGCACAGAAGAUGAGCAGCGCUUUGCCUACAAUGUGGCUUGGGGCCCAGAACGGAUGCUUGUAUGUUCACUCUUCUGUGGCCCAGUGGAGGAAGUGUCUCCAUUCAAUUAAACUCAAAGAUUCGAUUCUCAGUAUUGUACAUGUUAAAGGAAGAGUAUUAGUUGCACUAGCUGAUGGAACUUUAGCCAUCUUUCACAGGGGAGUGGAUGGCCAGUGGGAUUUAACAAAUUACCACCUUCUGGACCUGGGGCGGCCUCACCACUCCAUUCGCUGUAUGACGGUGGUACAUGAUAAAGUGUGGUGUGGCUACAGGAACAAGAUCUAUGUUGUGCAGCCAAAGGCUAUGAAAAUAGAAAAAUCAUUUGAUGCACAUCCCCGAAAGGAAAGCCAGGUGAGGCAGCUGGCGUGGGUAGGAGAUGGUGUUUGGGUCUCCAUCCGCCUGGACUCCACGCUACGGCUUUACCAUGCACACACCUAUCAGCACUUACAAGAUGUGGACAUUGAGCCAUAUGUCAGUAAAAUGUUAGGUACUGGCAAACUCGGAUUCUCUUUUGUAAGAAUCACAGCGCUUAUGGUGUCCUGUAAUCGUCUGUGGGUGGGAACAGGGAAUGGGGUGAUAAUCUCCAUUCCUCUCACUGAAACUGUAAUCCUCCACCAGGGACGUUUACUUGGGCUCAGGGCUAAUAAAAUAAUAGCUGGGACCGGGAACCGUCCAGGGGGUGUAAUCCGAGUGUAUGGAGAUGAAAGCAGUGACAAGGUGACACCGGGCACGUUUAUCCCUUACUGUUCGAUGGCACACGCUCAGCUCUGCUUUCAUGGACAUCGCGAUGCUGUCAAGUUCUUUGCAGCAGUGCCAGGCCAGGUGAUCUGCCCCCCAAGUGGCAUUGUAGGUGACUCGACCGGGGACAAAGCAGGACCUUCCACCUCCGAGCAGCCGAGCCAGGAGCUCAUGAAAUCAUUGCUAGUGAUGAGUGGAGGAGAAGGCUACAUUGACUUUAGAAUGGGGGAUGAAGGGGGUGAGUCAGAGGAAAUGGGAGAUACAGUACAGCUUCAGCCUUCUCUGGCUAAAGCAGAGCGGAGCCAUCUAAUAGUGUGGCAGGUAAUGUACAACAGCGAGUGACCCACACAUGCCAUCAGCAAGUUACAGGAAGACCGAGACAACCUUUUGCAUGUUGUUGUUGUUGUUUUUAUUAUUAUUAUUAUUAUUUUUAAUAUUAUUUUUGAUUAUUUGAUUUGAUGUAUUUUUUUUCACCAGAAUAUCUGAUGGGUUUCACUAUGUAUACUCUUUCCAUUGUAAAAAUUGAUCUCCUGACUAAAAGUGGAUGGUGAUGUAGCAGUCGGUGUCCUCAUUUUGAAUUGUGACUGCAAAUGCUGUGUUUUAACGCUGCUGUGCAUUCAAUGUUCUGUAUAUUACACCUCAAAGACUACCAUUGGACCUAUAAGAUACUCUGUUAUGCAGGGAUAGUGCAAUGACACUGCUUUGUGUUGCUUGUCACUAAUAGUUAAGGAUUCCAUUGUAAUGUACUUCAUACAUUGAUUGUUAAUGUGUUUUAUUAUGAUUAUUUUUAAGACUAUUAUCCCUCAAUCUUGAUAGUUUGUGUACUAGCAGACCUAGUUGUUAUUGGGAUAGGUAUACAUGCAUGAGGAAGUUCAUUUUUUUUUUCCUGAGCUGCUGUUUCCUUAUUUUCCCUCCAUCCCUGUAUAGGUCUUCCUACCUUUGAGAGAAAUAGCUUGCAGAUUGUUGACACUUUUAAAUAACAUAGGCUGCCUUAGUAACAAACACACAACAACAAAAAAUGAUUUUGUUUUAAAUAAUUAUGCUAACUGUUCUAAGGAACUACAUUUGUAUUCACAAUGAUGUUUAAGUGAUUAUUUAUUUCUAUGUGAGUGUUGCAAAGUUACCAAAGGAAAAACCUUUAGCAAUCUCUGUUCAAUAGACCGCUUUUUAUGUGGUCCUGCGUGAGCCCUGUGGCGUAUAAAGAGAGAUGCAGUCAUUAAAAGUGAACCUAGCUCUCCAGUUUGUGAAAUGCACAUCUCUGAAAAAACAAACAUUGCUGACAGGAAUACACAAUAAUGGGGCAACCUAGGUUGCACUUCAUGUCAUUUUAUACACAUUACGUAAUGUUUUCUUUCUCUAACGAAAUUAUUUUUUCUUUAUUAAUUUGUUUAUAAAGCCGCAUUUUGAGACUUUUAAGCCUACUUUUAAAUAUUUUAUGGUCUGUGUAAUUUCUUUGGUUUUCUACGUUUCUGUCGGUUAGACACUUUAUUCUGUAUUUUACUUGCCUCUGUAAUUUAAAAACAGAAUUCUACAGCGUUAAAAUUACUGUCUAUUGAAAAGCAAAACACGGGGCUUUAUUUCUGUGAUCAAAAAAGCUAAUUUUCACAGUGUAGCCAUUUCAGUAUUUAUUUCUAUUAAUGAGCCUCUGUGGUUCAGAAUGUAACUUUGUACAUGAAAUAUAUAUAUAAAUAUGUAUAUGAAACAUAAGUGGCUUGGUUUUAUUGUUUUGCGCUGAGUGAUUGUUGAAAUUUGUGACAAUGAAAUGAUGAACAAUAGAUACAUACAUAAAUGAAUAAAACAAAAAAAAACAAAUUUCAGGGGUUGUUUACUCUGAAGCCCUACACUUGUUUACUAAGCUAUGCACGUUUCAAAGAUCAUCACUUUUUAUUCAAGUUCCCUUACAUGUCAAUUGCAGGGGAUGUUCAGUUAAUAUGCCUGACUGGAAUAGGUCAAACAGUACCUACAGUCUAUGGUGUUCCUUGGUAGCUAUGUGCUUUUAACAGCAUCAUAGCCCUUUUUUUUUUUUUUAAAACAAUCUAUUAAACUGACUUGUAUUUGGAAACUGUAUAGUGUCAGUUGACUUUCCCUUUUCCUUUUGUUCAUUUGGUCAAUGCACCUGACCAUCACACAAGUUUGUAAUUCGUCAUUGAGAUGAAUGUUGCAUUUCAGUUAAAUAAACAACCCUCGCUAAUA